UAAGUGUUGUGAUCCAUCCAGAAUGUAUGAAUCAGCAGAUUUCAACAUUCAUUAUUGUCAAUUAAGAUGAUUUUCCAGAUGGUUUUAGUUCAUAUUUUGAGGCGCACUCUUCAAGCAGUGUGGGAAUGAUAACAUUUCCGCGUGGACCUGAAGGCAUCACCACUCCACCCCUAACCUAACGGCAGUCAUUACCAACAGCGGCAUACCAGCACACUAACUAACUGUACACCAUGCCGCUGCUUUGUUGGCCUUAAACUCCUCCAAAAACAACAUUUGUAGUUUAUAACCAGUAUUUUCUUUCCACCAACUUGACAGCAGGACUUGUUUGCGAGGCUAGCCGCAGUGGGCUAGCGGGGCUAGCCAGCUAGCUAACGACACUUGGCUAUAAACUCCUGCUCGGCUGACGACCCCCCAAGGCACCCUACUGGACUUCUCUACUUCUUCUCGGAUGUGUGCUUUUGUAGCUCCACAACCUGGCUGUGUAAGACGGCUCUUGAGCUCGUCUGAAGGACCUCACUCUCACUGUGACACCCGAUAACACACCUGUAGCUGCUGCCCCUAACACCUUCUGGACAACACCCGUGCCUCUUCUCUCCCACCUCCUGUGAGACUACUAUGCCUCUGGGUUUGGGUAGAAGGAAGAAGGCGUCCCCCUUGGUGGAGAAUGAAGAAGCGGAGCCCAUCCGCGCCGGUCUCAACAUUCCAGGGAUGGAGGGCUUGGCGGACGGAGUGGGCGUGGUCGGUCUGGGAGAAGGCGCCGCCUCAGAGGGGCUGCCUCCGCCGCCCAGCGGCAUGCGACCGCGUCUCAUCUUCCACACGCAGCUGGCUCACGGCAGCCCCACCGGACGCAUCGAGGGCUUCAGCAACGUACGGGAGCUCUACUCCAAGAUCGGAGAAGCUUUCGGAAUCCCGCCAGCUGAGGUGAUGUUUUGCACAUUGAACACGCACAAGGUGGACAUGGACAAGCUACUUGGAGGCCAGAUUGGCUUAGAGGACUUUAUCUUUGCACACAUUAAAGGACAGCGGAAAGAAAUUGAAGUGUUCAAAGGGGAGGACGCGCUCGGCUUAACCAUCACAGACAACGGAGCUGGCUAUGCUUUCAUUAAGCGGAUCCGCGAGGGCAGCAUCAUUCACCAGAUUCAGGUCAUCAAUGUGGGCGACAUGAUUGAGUCCAUCAACGGCCAUCGCCUGAUUGGCUGCCGGCACUACGAGGUGGCCAAGAUGCUGAAAGAGUUGCCCAAGGGAAAGGACUUCACCAUCAAGCUAACGGAACCUCUCAAAGCCUUCGAUAUGAUUAGCCAGCGGUCCGGAGGGUCCAGGUCAUCAUCAGGGGUCCAGCUAGGCACCGGCAGGGGGACUUUGCGGCUGCGCUCCAAGGGUCCCGCAACUGUAGAGGAAUUGCCCUCUGCCUUCGAGGAGAAAGCCAUUGAGAAGGUGGACGACCUGCUGGAGAGCUACAUGGGCAUCAGGGACAGCGAGCUGGCGGCCACCAUGGUAGAGCUGGGCAAGGACAAGAAGAACCCUGAUGAGUUUGCCGAAGCAUUAGACGAGACCCUCGGAGACUUCGCCUUCCCGGACGAGUUUGUGUUCGACGUGUGGGGCGCCAUCGGCGAUGCAAAGGUGGGACGGGUGUGAGCGGAGGAUUAACGGAGGCCAACAAAGCUGUGCGUGUGUCCACUACUUGCUGCACAUUUAGAUUCUAUAUACUGUGUACUUCUGCUGUUCAAGACUUCACUGACUAAUAUUUUCUCUCAGUGCCGGAAAGCAAGCUGCUUUUUUUUUUCUUUUUUUUUUUAUCUCGUCUUCCCGUGGUUCAACUGCAAGCCCGAGCCUCCCCUGCAUGUUGUUAUAAUUAUGGGAUGCUAACUAGAGAUGUCCGAUAAUAUCGGUCUGCCGAUAUUAUCGGCCGAUAAAUGCGUUAAAAUGUAAUAUCGGAAAUUAUCGGUAUCGUUUUUUUUAUUAUCAGUAUCGUUGUUUUUUUUUUUUUUUUUUUUUUAAAUUAAAUCCACAUAAAAAACACAAGAUACACUUACAAUUAGUGCACCAACCCCAAAAACCUCCCUCCCCCAUUUACACUAAUUCACACUCAUUCACACAAAAGGGUUGUUUCUUUCUGUUAUUAAUAUUCUGCUUCCUACAUUAUAUAUCAAUACAGUCUGCAAGGGAUACAGUCCGUAAGCACACAUGAUUGUGCGUGCUGCUGGUCCACUAAUAAUACUAACCUUUAACAGUUAAUUUUACAAAUUUUCAUUAAUUACUAGUUUCUAUGUAACUGUUUUUAUAUUGUUUUACUUUCUUUUUUAUUCAAGAAAAUGUUUUUAAUUUAUUUAUCUUAUUUUAUUUGAUUCAUUUUUUUUUAAAAGUACCUUAUCUUCACCAUACCUGGUUGUCCAAAUUAGGCAUAAUAAUGUGUUAAUUCCACGACUGUAUAUAUCGGUUGAUAUCGGUAUCGGUAAUUAAAGAGUUGGACAAUAUCGGCAUAUCGGAUAUCGGCAAAAAGACAUUAUCGGACAUCCCUAAUGCUAACCCAAAGUUGCAUAGAUGUAACACUGCCUUCCCCCCCGACAACUACUGUCUUGACCCCCGACUCAGUCUUUUUACAAUGCAUGUGCAGUUCCAUUUUUUUAUAUUCAUUCUUACCAUGCCGUUGUUUUUUUUUGCUGUCUUUUCUUUCUAAAGAAAAACAAGUGGGGUGUCAAAAAAGGUGGUAGUUAAGUGUAGCUCGCUAAAAAAAAAAAGCACAUCACUGGUGUUUUUGUCCGCACAUUCCACGCUGUAAUGACUGCAGUGUUACUUUGAAAAACAGUGUUAUACAUAUAUAUAUAUAUAUAUAUAUAUAUAAAAAGUCACUUUUUUGUUGGCGUGGCUGUCAUGGAUGGAGAUGCAGUUUAUGCCAAUGCUUGUGCUGAGUUUUUUUUUUUUUAUUAUUGUUAUUAAUGGCUAGUGUUUUUAUAUAAAGUGAUGUGACCUCCAUUUGAAAGGAGAUUGUGUGUUUUGUAACCAUUACCGAGCUUUGUGGAAGCUAAGAGAAGUGUUACAAGAGGAUUGUGGUGCAUGACACAACUACUACUGUCACUUUUUAGUGUGGGCGGGAUAUAUCUUUUCCAAAUUCAAGUGUCAUAUUUGGCUAUUUUGUCUUCAAAUGUCUUCAUUCACACUUAAAGGAGUGUCGACGUGACUUUGUGUGACGCUGUUCCUGUUCAAUAACAAUGCCCUUCUAAUAAUAACCACUCUCUUUUCAUGUGCUGUGUGUUCCUGAACACUAUUGUUGUCGUGGUGUGCACUAAAGUAUUGGGACACACAGGCCUGGCCCUAACCAAUCUGGCACCCUAGGCAAGAUUUUAGGUGGCGCCCCCCCCACAUCGGCAGUGAAGUGUGUAUACUCACAAGAAACCGAAUAGCUUUGUCUUUGACCUUUUUUUUUACUUAAAGAAAGCAAAUUAACAUAUUAUAUGAGAAUGUUAUGUUAUGAUUAUCUUUAACCGAAUCACAGCAGUGCUCAAAUUAAAAAACAGCAUUCCCUCUCAUGUGAUAUUGCUUAAUUAACAUUAAUGAUAUGCACUUUAACAACUAGGCUUACAACUAUACCUAAUAUAUAAAGGGGUGGAAAAGUGACUAUUACCUGCAGGGCAAACAUUAGCUAACCAGAAGGCAAUAACAAUGUAAACAAAAAACACCUGCUUAAAAGAUCUAAUACAAAUGUCCCUGAGGAAUGUAAGGUGGGAGUACUGUAAUUACCUAACGUUAUAUUAUUAUUUUCCAUAACAAUUUAGCCCCCUCCACAAUAUUAACCCGACGUUAAAACAGAACUAGCUAUUUAUUGAUUAGCAAUUGCCGAAUCAUGUAACAUUAGCUUAAUGCUAAAAAGCCAGGUUACUAUCACAUUCUGUAACAGACAAAUAAUUUCAUGUAGGCUAACGUUACCUCCCUGCUACCUCUGUCUUUUUCUCGUUUCUCCUCCUCUUCUUUUCUAUUUUUCUUCCCUGGGCACCUGACAGUUUUGGCCGUUUUGACAUCUUGUGUUGAUUUUUUGAUGUGACGUCCAAAAAGACUCA